CAUCCGGGCACUUCCCAACAUAAUGGCGUCUCAAGAAGGGGGAGCGAAAAAACUGAAAGAAUUACGCGUUGUUGAUUUAAGAAGAGAACUAGAAAACCGGGGACUGGAUAAAACAGGAGUUAAAGCUGUUUUAACAGAAAGAUUACAAAAGGCUUUAGAAGAUGAGGGAGAGGAUCCAAAUGAGUUUAUUUUUGAACCAGGAACUGAUUCCCCAAAAAGAUCAACUCCUGCCGCUGCUGCAAAGAAGACAACACCAAGGUCAAGUGCCAAGGGAAAGUCAAAAGAGGAUGGCGAUGAAGAAGAAAUGGUGGAGGACUCCUUGUUGGAGGAAGACCUGGACCUGGAAGAUGAGAUUGGUAACAUAGAUGAUACAGAUAUGGAACUACUGGAAUCGGAUAUGCAGAUCAUAGAUCAGGAGAUGGGAACCCCAGAAACUGGGACAAAUGAUGAAGAGGUAGCGGAGGAACAAAAGCCUACAGUAAAGAAGGAGGCUGAGAAACCUGCAGUAGAGUCAGAAGCAACAGAUAAAGCACCUGAAAAAACUGCUCCUGCUAAGACUGAGGAAGAAAGCCCUAUGGAAACCAACGAGGAAGUUGCUGUUUCUACACCUGCAGUGAAAGUUGAACCUGUAAUGCCAGACAAGGAGGUCAAACCAGUACCUCCGGUCAAGGAGGUCAAAUCUGUACCUACAGUCAAGGAAAGCAAGCCCAAGGAGGAAACAGCGAAGGCAUCUGUGCCUCAAGCUUCUGCUGCUGGUGGGAAAGCUUCUUCGACCAGCAAUGUGGUGAAAAAAGAGGAUGUUGGUGUUCCCCCAGACCCAGCAACUGUCGUUCCUUUGGUCGUACUUACAGUGGAAGACAAGAUCAAAAUGGACACAUCACAGGGCUUACAGACAGAGGAGAAUGAAUCGCUGGAUGUUCAUGUGGACGACACACAGAAUGACCUGGAUGCAGACCUCCUCAGUUCUGAGAAAUCCAUCCAGGGAAAGAAAGAUUCUGCAUCAACAGAUGCCAAAGGAGAGGAAAAUAAAGAAGAGGUAAAGGAGGAAUCUAUAGUCAAAGAUGGUGAAUCCAAAGUGGAGGCUGUUGCCCCUGACACUGAGGCAGAGGAAGCUGCAUCUGUGACAGCAGGAAAAGACACAAAAGGGGAGAAAAAACCAGCUGAUAAGAAGGAAGAAAAUGACACCAGCAAACCAGCUUCUUCCUCCAGCACUGCUAAGAGCAGUACAGCAUCAAAAGACCCAAAGAAGGAUGAGAAGGGAAGCAGUGGGGCGGGCCGUAACCUGUGGGUAAGCGGGCUUUCCUCCUCAACUCGAGCCACAGACCUCAAGGCACUAUUCAGCAAACAUGGCAAGGUGGUUGGAGCUAAGGUGGUAACCAAUGCUAGAAGCCCAGGCUCCAAAUGCUAUGGAUUCGUCACCAUGUCAACCGCAGAUGAGGCUACUAAAUGCAUUCAGCAUCUUCAUCGUACAGAGCUCCAUGGUAAAAUGAUUUCUGUUGAAAGGGCUAAGAAUGAGCCUGGUGCACAGGUGAAAGGUGCACCAGUUGCUGCAGGACCUGCUGCCAGGAAACCAGAUGCCAGGUCUCCUGCUGACAAAAAGAGUACCACUGCUCCGCGUAAAGAUGACCGAGAUAAAAGAGACAGUGAAAAGAAGUCUGAAGAUAAAAAGGAUGACAAGAAAGAUUCAAAGAGAGACUCGAGAAGAGAUCAUAAGUCAACAGGUUCUCGAAGUGAUGACAGGCACUCCAAUAGCUCCAGGCGUGACACAAACAGGCGCUCAGCUGGAUCAGACAGACCAAGGACAGUGGUGAUGGACAAAUCUAAGGGCGAGCCUGUAGUCCAGGUCAGUAGUCGUGACCAGUCAUCCAGUCGUGUGUCCAAGUCGCCCUCUAAAGCCAAGUCCACAUCAUCCGUAGACCAGAAAUCUACAGCAGCUGCAAAGCCUACUUCAGGUUCUACAUCUGCUACCAAGGAUGGAGAUUCUGCCAAAAAAGACGACACAAAAGAUGCUCUGUCUUUUGAUAAGAUACAGGAGGAGAGGGAGCGUGAACGUUUACGUCAGAGAGAAAGGAAGCUGAGGGAAGAAGAGAGAAUAAAAAAACAGGAAAUAGAGUUUGAGAAACGUCGCCAGCGUGAUGUUCACAUGAAGCAGCGUGCAGAGGCCAUUCGACUUGCCAGAGAACGUGAACGCCUUAGGAAGGAAAGGGAGCUUCUCGAGAGAGAGCGCCUGGAAACUCAGCGACUGGAGCGACUUCGUGCAGAGCAAAUGGAACGUGAACGUCUUGAGAGAGAACGAGAAGAAAAGAGACGACUUGAACAACUUAGACUUGCAGAGGCAGAGCAGCGACGAGCAGCACUGAAGCGUACUUAUGAGUCGCGUGGUUCUCGAGACAAUGAGUGGUCACAACCUAAGCGUGCCAACAGAUUCAACGAAAAUGAAACACGAGAUAAGGGUGCUAGAGAAAAUCGACCAAAUCGUGACAGCAACAAUCGCUUCAAUGACCGUAGUUCUGGUAGUGGUGCUUCUGGUGGUGGUAACUUUGAGCGUAAGGUGGAGCGAUAUGAUCGUAGGGAAGUGAACCGGGUACAGGACAACCGUAGUAAUGAAAAUAGGGGAAGUGGAAGGCAGUUUGAAGAAAACCGACGAAGUGGUGGUCGGGGUGAUGAUAGCUUCCGUGAUGAUCAGAGAGAUGACCGCCGUACAGAUGACAGAUUUGCAAGAACGUACAAUGACAGGAAUGUGAACCAUGCUCAGACACAUGACAAUGCCAACAGGUCACACGACAGAAACAAUAUGCGCGACGAUCGACGAGACACUGGUUUCAACCGCAACCAGUCUCGGGAACAUGUAAGGGAUGAGAGACGAGGUGUAGAUAUGGCUCAGGAUGACCGACGAGGUGGGAAUAUCCGUGACAACCAGAGAGACAACCGCAACAUGGGAGCUGUAGGAGGCGGACACAAUAUGAGAGUGACAUCUCCACGACACACAGACAACAGGGGUGACUGGAAAUCUGACCGAGAUACACGCCAGCAAGGUGAUUCCCGAGUUGUUGUUAGAGGUCAGAACAACAUGUCUGGGGGAGGACGUGACAGCUGGCAAGGUGGCCAUGGAGGUGGCCACGGAGGUGGCCAUGGCAACUACUCCAAUGUCGUCCAAGAUGACCGUAACCGUGGUGGUAACAAGGGCUUCAGUGGCCACAACAGUGGUGCAGGCCUUCUAGGAAAUGCCCCACAGAGCCAGAACCGGCAGUGGGGGUCAGGCACAGACAAUCGUAGUAAGAUGGACAACAGCUGGAAUACACACAACACACACAGCAAUAUGGAUCAGCGUGUGGCCCCUCAGCAGCAAGAUCGCUGGUCAGGUGGGGUGACCAUGCAACAGGAGGCACGGCCCACAAGUUUCACUCAGCCUGUUGCAACUGGCCUGAUCAGCGUUCCACCAAAUGUGUACAUGACAUCUGUUCCUCAACAGUCUGGUAUGAUCAUAAGCAACAUUGCAACAGGACGUCAGCCUGAACCCAGGUUUGACGCCUACAAAAUGCAGACUGGUGCAAUACGACGCACAUACUGAGAACUGUUAAUGCAUGGAAAAUAUUUUGUGUGGAAAGACAGAUACACUAAGAAUUUCUCAUCUUUUGCUGUACAAAAUGGUUGAAAAUAUAACAUGUAAUGCUUGUUAAUGAAGGAACAAUACAUUUUUAAUUGAUGACUUUAAAUUAAAGGUAUGACCUCUUCGAUAUCAUUGCGGUAAAUAGGGCCUUUGGAUUCUCAUAGGUAGUCGUCAGUCUGAAGUUUGGUCAUGCUUAUCAGUGAAGAUGAAAUGCAAUCUUUGGUCUUGGUUUAAUAGACCAUGAGGUACCAUGUGAUCAGAGAAUACAGUUUCAAGAGCAUUACCAUUGGAAUAAGUCAUAUAUUGAAGGAUAAAUCUUAUAAAUAAAAUUUAUCUAAUACAAAUAUUGACAGUUUACUGAAUUGCAAGGCACAGAAGAAAUGAGAGAAUUCCAUACAUCUUGUGUCCAUUGGUGUACAUUGUGAUUUAUUUUUUGUUUUUUUUUUUGUUCUCAAUUUGUCGUGCUUUUGAAUGGGAAUCAAAAGGUACCUUGUACUUAAAAUUUUGAAAGUAUUCACCUGGAUCAUGUCCAUGUAUACUUAACAAAAAAAGAAAGGUUAUCAAAAUUUGAAACAGCAGUAGCUAUGUCAGGUUCUAGUAAAAUAUAGAAAAUGAGGGGUCAAAUAUUGAAGUAGGAUGUCUACUUUUCAAAUGCUGACCAAAAUUUGUUAUGGUUCAGUGAUUUUGUGUGAUGUACAAGACAUAUAGUGGUCAUGUCUCUAAGAAUGAUGUUAGUAACAUUUGUGACCGCCUUUGGCAAGAAUCACUCCAUUACAACGCCGGCACAAAACAAAACAUUAUUCAACUGCCAUAAGAGUCAUCGCAGUUGUCACAGAGCCCAAUCGAGGCGAUUAGUGUGAUGAUGUCGCCUUAAAAUGGGACCUGUAUAAGGCAUCCUUGCAAACACUCGAUGACAUCGCAGCAUGUUACGGAUGGUCUGGCUGCUUCCUUGCCGACCUAGCAUAGUCUUUGCUCUGAGGUCGUGCAUAAGGCGUUUUACAAAAUUUCAACUGGAAAAACCUCAUAAAGUGAAAAACAUUGUUAUGUUCUAUGAAACAAACUUUGAAUUUCGGGCAUGACUGAUUUCAAUAAAAAAUAUUGGCAACUAAUAUAAUCAAGAUAUUAAUACAAAACACAGUAGUAAAUGUAAAAGUAUUUGUAUAACUUAUCAAUAUUUGGUGUAAGGCAAGGUAACUCGAUAACCUUUCUUUAUCUGUUAAGUAAAUAUGAAAUUAUAUUUUAUUUGAGCAUUGCAUGAGAUAAAGAUAUGUUCUUUCGGUUCCCAUAUCUAAUAAAGAGGUAAAUUUAUAUUUCAUUUUAAUCUAGAAACUUGAUCAUUGAAACAGAUUUUAAAAAGAUGACCGACAUCUACUGCGAUUUAUGUAUGUUAUAUGUCAAUGAUUUCACCUGUUAUUCAGUCACUGGCAAAGCUCAUUAGACAGAUGAUUCAAAUCCCAGGAUAUAAAUAUCCAAGAAUUAUGUGUCAAAUAUUAGAAUUCCAUGGAGUAUGACUCAUACACUCGACCAAUUAUCAUUUUACUGUGUUCAAGUAUGUGUGGAGAUUUUUUACAGUCAAUAGCAUCACUAUGUUCAUCAGUCAGCGUUCAUUUUAUUUCAUCAACAUUCUUAUCAUCCACAUCAUUUCAACAUUCUUAUCAGGUCGUCAGCUUGUGAUGUUUGUAAUUGUCAUUGGAAGUGAAAUGAAAUAUGUCUAAAGAAAUUGAAA